GCUCGAGGCUGCUGGCGAGCGAAGCAGCCAAGGAGGCGGGGAGGCGGUGGCUGCUCGCGCUCGCCGGCUGCUCCGUUUCCCGGCGCCGCCGCGGGUCCGCCGCGGCGCUUCCUGCCCGUCCGCCCGCUCGAGUGGCGCGCCCCCACCCCCGCCCACCCCCGCCGUCGGAGCAGCCGCCCCUCCAGCGCGGGACCCGCCGGCUCGGGGAGUCGCGCGCGCCCGCGGACAGCGCGCCCGGAGCGGAGCCGGCGCCACACCUGUGGAGCCCGCGGCCGUCUGAGGGGGAGGGUCCCGGCCGGCGCCCCCCGGGGGCCGGGCGUCACGGGCGGCAUGGGGCUCCCCGCGCUCGAGUUCAGCGACUGCUGCCUCGACAGCCCGCAUUUCCGAGACACCCUCAAGUCGCACGAAGCGGAGCUGGACAAGACCAACAAAUUCAUCAAGGAGCUCAUCAAGGACGGGAAGACGCUCAUCAGCGCGCUCAAGAAUUUAUCUUCGGCAAAGAGGAAAUUUGCAGAUUCCUUAAAUGAAUUUAAAUUUCAGUGCAUAGGAGAUGCCGAGACAGAUGAUGAAAUGUGUAUAGCACGGUCCUUGCAGGAGUUUGCCACUGUCCUCAGGAACCUUGAAGAUGAGCGGAUACGGAUGAUUGAAAAUGCCAGUGAAGUGCUCAUCACUCCCUUGGAGAAGUUCCGAAAAGAGCAGAUUGGGGCUGCCAAGGAAGCCAAGAAGAAGUAUGACAAGGAGACAGAGAAGUACUGUGGCAUCUUAGACAAGCACUUGAAUUUGUCCUCCAAAAAGAAAGAAUCUCAGCUCCAGGAGGCGGAUAGCCAAGUGGACCUGGUCCGGCAGCAUUUCUAUGAAGUAUCCCUGGAGUAUGUCUUCAAGGUACAGGAAGUCCAAGAGAGAAAGAUGUUUGAGUUUGUGGAGCCGCUGUUGGCGUUCUUGCAAGGACUCUUCACUUUCUAUCACCAUGGCUAUGAACUGGCCAAGGACUUCAGCGACUUCAAGACGCAGCUGACCAUAAGCAUACAGAAUACAAGAAACCGCUUUGAAGGCACCAGAUCGGAAGUGGAAUCAUUGAUGAAAAAGAUGAAAGAGAAUCCCCUUGAUCACAAAACUAUCAGUCCCUACACCAUGGAAGGGUACCUCUAUGUUCAGGAGAAACGUCACUUUGGAACUUCUUGGGUGAAGCACUACUGUACUUAUCAACGGGAUUCCAAGCAAAUCACCAUGAUACCUUUUGACCAAAAGUCAGGAGGAAAGGGGGGAGAAGAUGAGUCAGUCACUCUCAAGUCCUGCACACGGCGGAAAACGGACUCUAUUGAGAAGAGAUUUUGCUUUGAUGUAGAAGCAGUGGACAGGCCAGGGGUUAUCACUAUGCAGGCCAUGUCAGAGGAGGACCGGAGGCUCUGGAUGGAAGCCAUGGACGGCCGGGAACCUGUCUACAACUCGAACAAAGACAGUCAGAGUGAAGGAACUGCACAGUUGGACAGCAUUGGCUUCAGCAUAAUCAGGAAGUGCAUCCACGCCGUGGAGACUCGAGGGAUCAAUGAGCAAGGACUUUACCGAAUUGUGGGGGUCAAUUCCCGAGUGCAGAAGCUGCUGAGUGUUCUGAUGGACCCCAAAACAGCUUCCGAAACAGAAACGGAUAUCUGUGCAGAAUGGGAGAUAAAGACCAUCACCAGUGCUUUGAAGACCUACCUAAGAAUGCUUCCAGGACCACUCAUGAUGUACCAGUUUCAAAGGAGUUUCAUCAAAGCAGCAAAACUGGAGAACCAAGAAUCUCGGGUCUCUGAAAUCCACAGUCUUAUUCAUCGGCUCCCAGAGAAAAACAGGCAGAUGUUACAGCUGCUCAUGAACCACUUGGCCAAUGUUGCUAACAACCACAAACAGAAUCUGAUGACCGUGGCAAACCUUGGUGUGGUGUUUGGACCUACCUUGCUGAGGCCCCAGGAAGAAACAGUAGCAGCUAUCAUGGACAUCAAAUUUCAGAACAUUGUCAUUGAGAUCCUCAUUGAAAACCAUGAAAAGAUAUUUAACACCGUGCCCGAGAUGCCGCUCUCCAGCACCCAGCUGCACCUGUCUCGGAAGAAGAGCAGCGACUCCAAGCCCCCAUCCUGCAGUGAGAGGCCCCUGACACUCUUUCACACUGUGCAGUCCACAGAGAAACAAGAACAAAGGAACAGCAUCAUCAACUCCAGCUUAGAAUCUGUGGUCUCAUCAAAUACAAACAGCAUCCUUAACUCCAGUAGCAGCUUACAACCCACCAUGAACUCUAGUGACCCAGACCUGGAUGUUCUGAAACCCACUCGGCCCAACUCGCUCCCCCCGAAUCCAAGCCCAACUUCACCCCUCUCGCCAUCUUGGCCCAUGUUCUCGGCGCCAUCCAGCCCUAUGCCCACCUCAUCCACGUCCAGCGACUCAUCCCCCAUCAGGUCUGUUGCAGGAUUUGUUUGGUUUUCUGUUGCUGCUGUUGUUCUCUCAUUGGCUUGGUCCUCUCUUCAUGCAGUGUUCAGCCUCCUCGUCAACUUUGUUCCCUGCCAUCCAAACCUGCACUUGCUUUUUGACAGGCCAGAAGAAGAGGUUCGUGAAGACUGCAGCACCCCGUUCCGGAAGGCUAAGGCCUUGUACGCCUGCAAAGCUGAACACGACUCCGAGCUCUCAUUCACAGCAGGCACAAUCUUUGAUAACGUUCACCCGUCACAGGAGCCUGGCUGGUUGGAGGGAACUCUGAACGGAAAGACUGGUCUCAUCCCUGAGAACUAUGUGGAGUUCCUCUAACCCUGGGCCCCAACGCAACUGCUGAGCGGUCCGUGGUAUCCAUGACAACUGCUGAUUCCACUGUUGGAGGCCAUUUCUCUGUGACACUGAGGAAUGGACAGUGACUGACUCUGCUGCUACCUGUCAACACAAUUGUUUCUGUGAACGCCAGUGUCACCCGGUCCUGUGAUCAUCUCAGCCUCAACUCAUACUGCCUGAAACAGAAGCAAAUCAAUCAACGGGAGGCCAUCCAGUUUUUGAUAACUGAGAGGAAGGCUGGCAGCUUUGUUCUUCUCAGUGAGCACCUGAACUGGAAACACUCCUUUUGUUUCAACAGUCAUCCCAAACCCCCAACCUUCUGCAAGAGAAAGUUAAGAUGUGGGUAGGCCCCAAGACCCAAGUCUGCGCAGUGUAUGAGGGGGUCAGACAGGGAUGGGCAGCAGCUCAGAGCUCAGGCUGGGUGUACCCCUCUUGUUUACAGUAGAUAUGUGCCCACCCGCCGCCCCCCCCCAAUACUUGAGACCCACAGCACCACAGGAAGUGGGUCUGGAUGUUUGCAUGCAGAGCGGAGAGGGGUUAUGGCACCGUUUACAUGAGACCCAAUCUCUCACCAUCUCUGUAGCAGCCAUUGGCCCAGAAUCAGCAAGAUUCAGUCCAGUGCUCUCAUGCAAGGGAACACACACACACACACACACACACACACACACACCCGCUACACGCCCCUACACGCCCCACUCCCAAGCUAGGAACUUCUCUGCCACGAAGCGCUGCAUCACCCAGUAACCAUGACAACCCAGCCUACUCUAAAACCAAACCAAAAAAUAACAUACUCUCUUUGCAUGAUAAUUUUUUUCCCUCUCCUCCUUUUGUGGUAGUUUCUCAAAUGGUCUUCUAACCACCCAACGCAGAAGAUCAAAGUUGAGUAGGCUUCUUGAGGCAGACACAAUGGCUGCCUUUCCUCCUUCUCUGGUGAACAUCAGUCGCAUCAGUUUGGAGCAAACUCUAGUAACCUCUUGAAAUUAAGUUGCUUCAGAAGCUUAACCAUUUCUCCUUCCUGGAGGGCAUUGCACUAUUCCCAGGAUGGGCCCAUUCCUUUCUUCAUUCUUUCAGGGCUCCUCCACUGACCUGUCUCUCCCCUUGCCCCGCACUUCCCCGACCCCUCACUGAAUGUCCCACCCCCAGCCCCUUCACAGUGCUCUGGGCUGCUGAGCAUUAUUUAGCGGGUGAUUUUCAGGGAGCAUUCCUGGGCUAGCCCUAUAUAAUAGCCAAUAGUUGAAAAGAUUCACUGCCACUCCAAAAAGGGAAUUGUUUCUCAGGCUUUUGAAGAAUGAGACUAAUGUCAGCUAGGAUGAUUCGUGAGGGCACCCAUAGGUGGGGGGAGGGGGCUGUAAGGCAUGGGGUGGCUGCCUUCCAGAAAGAGAAUUUCCUAGUCUGAAAGGGACUGGCCCUGGUGGAAGACCAACUCGGGUCGGGAAGUUCCGCCUGGACAUUUCCAGUUCACUCCGCCUGCAAAGAAAGGAAGCCCGGUGUCUUCUCACGUUCGCUUCUCUGUGCAAGAGUGCCUCUGGGCUGACACCCCGCAAGCUCACGGACACAGACUCCCCAGGAGCCUCUUAGGAUGACCAGGUUACUCCAGAGAGUGUUUCCUGCUUCUGGAAUUCCCCUGUAUGGAACUUGAAGGAAGAAAAGGAAAACUUGAAUUGUGUUGAAUUACUGUACUUCUACUUUUUUUUUAAGAUAAACUUGUAAAUAGAGUGAUUUGAAAUACUAUAUGGCAAAGUUUUAUAUUUGAUAUUCCACACAUUUACGCUUGGAUUGCUGAACAAGGAGGAUGAGGGAGAGAGGGGAGGCAAGGUCAAAGAAGGUCAAGGUCAAGACUCGGUGGCCUUGAAGAAGGGGAAGAUUUUUCUGUACAUUCUGCUGGCUCUUGUAGGCUUGGCCUAUCCUGGAUGUUCAGCCUUCUUAAUUCCGAUGUGUUUCUGAGCAUUUCUUGGACUUUGGAUAGAGAUGAAAAGAACAUCUUCAGCUAGUGGUUAUUAUUUUUGAAGAUCUCAGUGGCAAGACAAAGCUCAGGAUUUAAAUAGGUGGGGGCAGGGGUUAGUUUUUUGUUGUUUUUGUUUUUCUUCUCAGGUGUAUUUCUUGGUACCCCAAGACAUCAGGAUGGAGGAGAUGAGACAAUUGUUUGCUCCUUACAUCAGACUCUUGUAUACAUCUUCAAAGACCUUAUAAGUGAGGCCAAGCUAGUUUGUGAGUUUUGUGUGUAUCUAAGAAAAAUUAACUUUUUAAGAGCUGUAGUUCUUGAUCUGCUGCUUCCCUUUACCCUAAAACAUGUUCGUUCAUCUCAGAUUUUCUGUAAGUCUUCCUCACAGUACAAACCAAAAAAAAAAAAAGAGGGGUGGAAAUUGUUUGAUAGAACUUUAGGGUUUUAUUUUUUAUUUUAAUUAUUUUUAUAGUAGUCGAGAUUCUGUGGUUUAAACUUAAUAGAUAUUGUCAUUGUAAUGCAAUUUUAUCAAUUCAAAAUGAUAAAGCUUUUGUAGUGAAAGAACUUGUCCAGGAGACAGCCAGACUCUAGUCUAAAUUAGGGAACAAGAAUUAAGAGUGAAUCUGAGUAAGGAAGACUCAAGACAGCAAUCAUUGAAAACCAAAAAAAAGGUGGGGGACUACCUGCAUAGGCUACAUCUAACCCCUCCCUGCCCCGACUGUGAAUAUCUUAGGGACCUAUUCAGAGGGGCCUGGGAAAAAUGGCGGGGAGGGGGCAUGCUCACAAUCCACUGGUGUCCUAAUGGGGAAAAGUUCGUCGUGAUGCUUGUAACAUAUUUGACAUUUCAACUCACCCCCUUGCCCCGUGGGAACCUUCGGUGGAGCCUCUCAGAGGCACAGAAGGUGGCGCAGCCCUGGCUCCAGGAGUCCUCCCCGAAGCACACCUGUCGACAUUUGGCUCCAGCCCCGCCACCUGGAAGUGUGUCCUCUCUCCGUUGGCCCUGCCUUGAGGGAACCGGAGCUGCUGCCAGUGGGAAUUUUUAGGUCGCGCCCUUCCCAGCUUCUCUGGACCAUGCUGGGCCGGUGACAGAUGGCUCUGCUUCCCUCUCCUCAACCAGGCUCACCUCCUCCCUGUAAGCUGCAGAACUAGAGCAACUGUUCAGAACUUGAGCCAACAAAUAGGAAGGAACUUAAAGACUAAAAAUAAAAUUUACCCAAUCCGGUGUCUAUGCCACCAACUCUCUCCUUGAAGAGGGAACUUGGGCACAGAUUUGGGGCAUAAACUGGCUGUGAAGAACAAAGGGUGGUUGACCAGGAUACCUGGGAUUCCCUGGAACAGUGUUUCUUUUGGAAGGCCCUGGAGUCCAUUAGACAAUCAUAGCCUGAUUCUUUGGGGGAUGUUAAGGUCAGUCUCGUUCCUUCAUGUUCUCACAGAACUCAGUAGCUAAUGAAUGCUAUGCCAUGAGAAUAUAACUGGUUUUAUAUAUUCCUCGGUCCAGGCGCAUAAAUUCCUUAUUUGCUUAAUGCUGCUGAUACUCUUUUCAGACUUUAGAGAAAAGCAUAUAAGGGGUAUAUGCUUUUCAGCAUAGUCCUCUUUGGUAUUCUAAAAUUGGAGACAUUUUUUAACCGAAUGGUUCAGUAUUUCUGUGGUCAAUGUAUAUUUUCUUCUAUCAGACAAACCUCUCUUUGUUCAGCAUAAUUUCAGUUCAUCUCUUCUUGUCAAGUGUUUUUCCGGACAGAGGGACAAAUGAAAGAGAAAAUGAACAGCCAGAUAUUGGCAGACAAACAGGAGCACGGCUGGCGCCGAGCUCACUUCUUGGCAAGACUUCACACUUCAUGGAUACCAUACCUGUGGCUCACACUUCACGUGUACCAUACCUGUGGCUCAAGGGGAAAUCCUUCUACGGAUCUGGAAUUUGUGUCUCCCAAAAAUCAGCAGUUCUAGACACAUCAAAAACUCUUGACUCAUAGACUCUGAAAGCAACCAUUAUAGAGGGAUUGGAAGACAGAAAUAAUUGACUCACAAUAACCUUGCCUCCUAUUCAUGACUGCUGGUAUCUUUCGACUUACAUUUCCAAAAUUAAGUCUCAAUUCCCCAGAAAACCACAGGAAUUCAGGGCCAACAGGCACCAACAUGGCACCCAUAAUUUGCCCAAAUACUGUUGUUUUUUUGUUUUGUUUUGUUUAUGAACAACCAUCUUACCCAAGUACAUAACUAGCAUUGAAGAAACCAAAGAGCCUCUUGUCUACCUGACUUGGAAUGUCCCAAGGCUUUCUAUCUAGGGAGUUAUCUAUCAUCUCUGGCAAACUUGAGUAUAAUCAAUUACCUAGACAGCUGUGCUCCGUAUCUCUUUUAAGUCAACUGGGUGUCCUCGAUCACACCCCAUGCUGGCGUCUUAAAAAUUUAUCUUGUCAUGCUCAAAUGUAUUUGGCAGCCACUCUGAUCUGCCAGCGCUGAACCACUUCUCUGCAAUUGUAGCAUCAAAAUGACAACAGCAGCAGAUUGAACUUUGCACAAUCCUACAGCAUGCCUGAGACAAGACUCCAGCAAGGAAUAAUUAACUCCCCCUGCUCCACCUUUACCGCCUACAGUACUUGUCUAGCUAAAGAAUUUCCCAAAGUAGAGAGGCAUACAGAAAAAUCUAGAGUCCAGAGGCAGCCUUGCUGAAAUUUGAUCUUUUAGGGAAAAGGCAUUUUUUUCCUUGGAAGAAAAGGUUUGGGAUAUGAAGUAACGCUAGGAACAAAGAGAAGGGUGAAACUUGCUGAAGUACUUUUGAUUUUCAAGUGGGAUAAGUACAAUUUUUUAGAGGGAAAACAUCACAGAAGAAAAAGUUGACAACUAAUAUUUGUGGGAGGGGGCUCCAGAGCAGUGCUGGGGGUCACCUAGGCUGUACCCAGCAGUGCUCGGGAGAACAUGCAGUGACCAGUCCAAGCUGAAACACCUGUCUGGCAUUCACAGGUUUGAUUCCCGUCACUGCUUUUUCCCCAUCAUUGUUGCAUUAUUGCCCCAGACUCCAGCAAUUAAUAUUUCGAUAGAUGUUUUACACUAGAAGAUGAGUUCAUCUUUCAGUGCAGUGCUUUGGGUAGCAAAGGCUUGUACAAGGUAGCAAUGGCCUUGAUGGCAAGAGUCUCUUUAGUCAGUGGGAGCAUAAUUGAUCAUCAAGAAGUGGAAUUCUCAAAAGAAACAGACAUUCAGCACCAUUCGGCAGCCAUCAUUUCUACCAAAUCAAACAUACCCCAACAAGCAGCUUCCUUGGAUAUUUGGAUGCCAAGGUCAACUUUGGCACACAACCUCUCUGUGAUGAGAGGUUCAUCCGAUCCUUCUAACGCAUGUGCGUGAGUGUGGGUGUUUGUAUACAUAUCUAUACCAUGCAUAUUGGCAUAUUACAGAUUCAGACUCUUUGUAGAGACCCAUAUGAGCUGGCAACUUGAACCAUCACAGCAUUCAAGAUUUAAAGGUUGAGAAUUUGAGAAACAAGAGAAACUUUCAGUUGAUUUUUCAAUGAUCAAAUAUAAAUUAAGUGCCACUUUACAACCUUCUUCAUAUUUAUCAAACAGUUGCUAUCUACAGCUAUGUUCCUUGUUAGUUUAUUAAAACUCGUGUUGAAAAAGAAAAACUCAUAAACGUUUAGUAGCUUGUACUAGACAUAGUGUUCAAAUAAAAGCACUCUAAACACAUUGUGUCCAUGUUUCAGAGAAGCAAAUAUUUGCAUGUUUAAUUCAUAGGUUAGGCUACCUUUGAGUAUACUGUAAAGUGCUGUGAGAUAUAAUAAUGCCAAUAAAGUACUUAUAAAAUGGCACUUUAAUGAAUUUUCAAAACCAUAAAUAAUGCACUGUUUAAACUUCAGUUCAGUAUUGAAUAUUGACUGGUGUGUAGAAUCCAAUUCUGUAAGUAAAAUGUACUCGGUGCCUAGAAUAGAACUUUAUUCCUGUUAUUAGUAAACCAGUUUUGCCAUGUAAAGGCUUUUAAAAACUUGUGUUUCCAUGUCACUAAACAGAUAUGUAAUGACAAUACAAUUUCUGUGAUGUGGCCUCUGAAAAUUUGGUUGGUUUCCAUGACAAUCCCCUGAAAUGAGUGGAAGUAUGAUUUUUGAAUUAAAUGACUUUUCCAUUUGA